AUGUCGCAUGAAUGGUUUUUUCCUUGUACGCAGUUUUGGCUGCUGCUACUGCUGUCGCACCACAGUUCAUCGCCAACGGAGGACACGCGCGGACACAACCAACUGGGGACCAUCUGCCUACAGGACUACGCGGCAACUAAAGUGCUCGUCACCCAGAUUAAAGCAUCACCUCGUCACCGAGUGAUCAAUGACAAGGACUACAGUCACGUGUUUGAUCGGCAGAUCAAAAUCCUGGGAGGCAAUUCAACGUCGGCCUUCGGGGCUAUAAAGGCACAGCUGCACGGAUCAGCGAUCAGUGGGCAAGGCGAAAGCAAGCCUGACAUGUCGCAUAAAUGGUUUUUUCCUUGUACGCAGGUAUGUGGCAAAUUUGAUGAUUACUCGUACCGCUCAGAUGACCGUUGUUUAUUGCUGUUGCCUUGCCCAAGGCGCGUGAAACUGCUCCUUGUUGCCAUUGCUGACUGUCGCUGGAGAGCACUCGUGCUUUUAAGGGGAGGAGAUGUCGAAGAAAAUCCUGGCCCAGAUAGAGAUAUAAUGCGGGAAAUACUGGAAAGUCCGAAAGAGAUGGUGGCUAACAUAUCAACAUUGGUACAGGGUCAGAAAAGCUUUGAAAAACGAUUAGAGGCUUUUGAAGCGUCUACUUCCAAGAUAAAGGAUCUCAGUAGGGAGCUAAAUGACACACAAGGAAAACGAGUGCACUUAGAAGCGACCGUAGUAAAGCUCGAGUCAAAGAUCGAUGACUUGGAAAAUAGAAGUAGGAGAAAUAACUUGGUAAUCUACGGAGUAGAGGAGUAUAACGCAGAAACGGAGCAACAUUUGGUGGAAAAAGUGGUGGAAGGCUUCUUUAAAUCAAAAAUGGGCGUUGAAGUUAAAUCUCUCGAAAGAAUUCACCGUCUCGGAAGGGUGGCUAGGGAUAAACCGAGACCAGUAAUCUUGCGCUUUGGAUACUAUAAUGAAAGGCAAAAUAUUCUCAGAAAUGCUAGAAAAUUAAAAGGAACGCGCAUAUUUAUUAACGAGGACUUUUCGAAAAAUGUUAGAAUGAUAAGGAAAAAACUGUGGGACAGUGCGAAAGAAAACAGGGAGAGGAGAGAGAAGGUAUACUUACCGUAUGAUAGAUUGAAGAUUAAUGGAGUGACUUACACAUGGUAA